CAAGUGUAGGCCGCCUGUAAUUUCUAGUUUUUGAUGGCUGCUCCAAACGGCUGUCCCAUUUUUUUGCCAAAUCUGAAAUCCACCGGUUCCAUCCCCAAACAUAGACCUUUCUCUCCUUGCAGAUGAUCAGCAGAGGGACCAAACGCAUUUGAAGUAAGUUCUGAACAGCUGAAAUGGAUUUCACUGUGCAGAGGCCAAACAGUUCCAAAAUGAAGAGUGCCACUUGCAACUUCAGGACGUCAUCAACACCUGCCCUGUCUUAGUAGUUUUCUUGGCAAGGGAUACAUGCAUCUUCUGAACUUGAUGGUGGCAUAGGGGUAUUAGCAGCACCUGUUAAGGUCCAGUCCAUUGCAACAUCGUGCAGUUCUUUUUCCGGGGCCCAAGGGCGAUGCGAGGCAUAAUCUCCAGGUUUCAGGUUUCAGGAUACAGCGUGCUGCUGAGGAAGGCGACAGACACAACUUUAGCCUGAAUAAAAAUAGGCCAAAAUGGUUUGAUUAAAUGCAAUGUUUCCCCACUCCCAAGGGGAACCUAAGGGACAUGCUAUGCCAGACAGACAGGCAGGCAGAUUGCACAGAGCGAAGAUAGACAGGAAUUGUUUACUUCUAAAAUUGACUUGGCAAUCCUCUUCUCUGGGAAUGUAGAUGUAAGACAGCUCACUGACAUUUUUAAAAACUUGCUUUAAUUUUAAAAUAAUGAAGAUGUUGGCUGAGCGCUGAGUGUAUUUGAAAAAUGAUCUCCAUGCCAAUGAUAAUCUGCUUGCGUCCUAGGAAUAGUCACAAAAAAGCAAAAUACGAAUAUUCAUGAGCUUUCUGCAAGCUCAUGCUGAUGAUUAUCAUGUUGUAAUCCUCUCAGAUAUCCUUGCACUCAGUAAGAUUGGGUUGAAUGAUUAUCCUGAUAUUGCAGAUGAUAGGUUCACUAUGUAGGCCAUCUAAGGCUUUCAUGGAACUCUGUUUCUUAACUGUCACAACAUACCCACAAUCUGAGAUCUUCGUCAGAGUCAAAUUGUCUUUUGUGGGUCAAAGUUCAUAUGACUUUGAAUGAUAAGCGAUGUUGUCUUUUUAUAUUUGAAUCAUGUUGUUUGCAUAAUGCAUUUCAGUGAUUACCUGGACAAAUGGGUUGUUAACUUGGUCUUAGUUUCAGAUCUCAUCUUUUCCAUAGCAUCAGGUUAUCAGAAGAACAUGUUUUAUGGCAUGUAAUAAUACCAUCCACAUUACUCAUAUUGGGCAGACUCUUUACUCAGGAAGUAAGCAUAAAUAGGUAGUCUAAUUUUGUCUCUCUAGGAAAUGUGAGAACUUCAUGGAAUUAAUUGUAUUUUUAAAGUAUUAGGAAAAUGGAAACCACUAGCUUAUAUUCCUUUCCCAUAAGAUCAUACAGUCUGAUAUAACUAGGUAUUUCCGAACAGGAAGACUGUCAUUGGUGUCCCUGUUCAGAAUGGUGUAGAUUGCGGGUUAGGAUAAGUUGUGUCUGAAGAAUCAGAGUGUGUUUGGUCCCUCUGCUCUGAAAAGGUUUUAUGAAGGAUUGGACUCAGUUGUAGAAACUUUUAGUGCAGUCUAUUGCAAAUCAGCACCACAUGAAGCCAAGGGUAAAGUUCUUCCUACUCUCAAGACUGUAGUAUGUAGAAGACAGAUUGCUGCCUAGAAGGCUCUCAUGGACAAUGGUGAAGGAAAACUCCACCUCCCGCUGCUAAAGCACAAGAAACCUGAGGGCUGUCUCACAGUAUGGAUCUUCAACAAGAGAGUUUUGGAUACUGAUGGCAACAAAGCAUUUGCAUUUGUAGAUUGUUGAAUUCGCCAGUGAAAAUAAACAUUAAAAAAUGGAUGGUCAUAUCAGGGUCCAAAGCUGUCACAAGAACCCUAGAGGAGCAAUGAAAAAGAACUUCAGUGAAUCUUCCCUCUCUCCUAUGAUGGCCUUAUUGCAAAGUCAAAAACAACUAUGCACAAUAUCGACAGAAGAGCUGACAGAAGAACAAGAAAAUUUCAAUGAGGUCACAUUUCUCUGUUUUGCUAACGAUACAGCUAUUGCCUCUAAGGAAUUGGCAACCAACUCUGUGGAGCUUCCAGAUGUUCUGAAAUCAUUCCACUUGUGCAGUUUGCACGAACAGGAGGUUCUUUUUCUAAAGGAUAUAUGCAAACCAGCAGAGACUAGUGAUGACUUCAGACAAAGGAAUUGUCCUUCACGAAUACUGUGUGUGAUGCGACUGUCUUCUUCAUUUCCAAGGCUCAGAGUUGAUACUGUAUUCACUCUGCUGAGCAAGUACAGUGCUGCAAUAAGGUGUACUGAGGAAAUGUACUCAUUGCAAAAACAUGUGUUGGACUCAACCCAUACAGAGAAUGAUGACACUAACCAGUCGGUGUCAUCAAUUGAAGAUGAUUUUGUUACGGCUUUAGAGCAUUUAGAUGAAGAUGAGCCAGCAAAGAUGACCCAUUCUGAGCACAUUACAUCUGAGAAGAGUCAAGAUGCUGCUCCAAAGCCCAUCUAUGCUCAUCAUUUCAAAUCUAAUGAUCAAAAGUCCUUCAUUAAUUCUCUGUAUCGGAAGCCAUCUGUCAAGUCAUCCAUCUCCCUUGUUAACAUCCUAGAACUUGAAGAAUUGUCAUCUUCUGUAAGAAAUUCAGUCUCCACUUCCAUUUCUGAUCCUUGGAUACAGAGAAGUUUUUUCAGGUCACAUAAUUCUUCUGAUCGCAGUGUUAAUUUUUUGCAUAAAACCUUAUUUUCUUCCUCUCCUGCUGAAUCAUCAGAGUCAGACUGUUCUAGUCCAAGCCCUGUCAUUUUCUUAGAUGAAGAAGGGUAUCAAAAAAGCUUGAAGGCAAAGCUUCAGCUCCCCAAAAUCCCAGUAGGGAAAGAUGGGAUAGAAGAUUCAGAUUCUGAAGUCAGUGAAUUUUUUGAUAGUUUUGACCAGUUCGAUGAACAUGAACAAACUUCGGAAAAUGGUUCUAAAGUUUCUAGGGAUCCCAUUGUAAGACACACAUCACAGAAAAAUGUUGUUUCUUUUAAGAAGUCAUGCUCCACAACAACUUCAAUGAAUCCUCAAAAAUUCAAAUUUGACUGUCCUGUUCUUCCAGCCAAUGUAAGGAAGCCAACUCCUCGCAAACCAGAAUCUCCAUAUAACAAUCUGUUGGAUGUUCCAGAUUCUCCCCGUCUAAUAAAAAAUUCAGCUGAUGAUAGCGGAGUCUUGUUCAGCCCUAUCAGGUCUUCUGCAUUCAGUCCAUUAGGCAGUUGCUUUUCAACAGAAUGCCUCUGUCGAAUUAAUCGAGAUGCCUUUAACCAAAAUCACAAUCUUGUUUAUCACACAUACUCAGAUUUUGCAAAUAACAUUUCCUUUGAAAUUCUGGGUUCUGUUUGUAAUUCCAGACCAACAUCCUUAUGUAGAUGCACACAGGAAAUGAUUAACCACAGUAGGAUUGUCCCAAAAGAAGAAAAAGAUCAGACAGCAAAAAUCAAAAGAGAAAUGUCUAGAAAAGGACUUAAUAAGAAAGAUAAAUCCAAACACAAGUCAGUGAUGAUUAAAGAUCACAUCCAGAAAUUUGCUUCAGAGCUUGUUGAAAAGAGUUUUGGCAGUGCGUUUAAAGAUCUUCAGAAAGGCGUUUCUUCAUGUACUAAUGCACUUUGUCACUUGGCUGCUAAAUUGACUUCUUCAGUCUUUCAGAUGGCUUUCUACGAGAUUGGGAGGCAGCAGGCCUUUUCACUGAAGAAGAAAGCUAUUAAUGGUUUAGCAGGGUUUUUGGUGAGCGAAGCAGUAACAGGAGCUUUGAAAGAACUGUACUCUGUAAAGCAACAAAUAUUUACAAACACCGUUACAAAAUUUGCAGCAAACCUUGCUGAGGAGCUGAUAUUUGAGGGGAUAAUGGAAGUUUGUCAGUUUUCACAUCCAUCAACUCCAACGGCAUCUCAUCACUGUUCCUUCCAGUACAAUGAUAACAUUGUGUCGUCAUAUGCCAAAGACUUGUCUGAAUCAGUUAUUCAGGAUGCUUUUAUUGAGUUAUCACAGGUUGAUGUGACAUUUACAUCACAAGCUGCAAUUAGCAUUUCAAUGGACAAUGUAAAGUACGUAAGCCCGGAAAGGAUGGUGGCGUUAACCCAGACAUCCAGUACUUCUUCUGAGCUUUGUGAUAAAGUGCCUGUAGCCUUGAAUCCCAUUUGGGAAUUCAGAAAGGAACAUACCAUUAAUAGAGCCUUGUUCUAUACAUCAGGCAUUGCAAGUUCAAUUCCAGUGCCCUUAGCUGGAAGCCUCCUUUCUCAGCAUCAGAUUUUAUGGAACGAAGCAAAGGUAAAGAGUCACUUGGCAACAGAUAGCAGGCUCACGUUCUACAAAGAAUCCACAGAAGUAUGUUAUGCAGCAAAAAAGAAUCAAAGUGAAAUAUCAGUUAGAAAUAUUUACCUGACAACAGAUUUCACUCCAGAUAAUGAAUGUAAUCCACCCAACCAUCCUGAUGCCAAUAAGAUUUCAGAAAUAUCAAGCAUCAGUAACUUUUCUGGAAAGAUGGUAGAUAUGAUCGUGUCUGAAGCAUACGAAGCAGUAACUUCUUCCAAGGUUUCUAAAACUGCAGAGCAGUACACAGACAUGCUAAAAACAAAGAAAACACCGUACUUGCAGUGCAUUGGUGAAGACUCAUGUAAGAAUAUGUUUGCUAAUUAUUUGGCAAAACGAAUAAUAAAGCAGUCUGUAGAUCAAACGAAAUCUGCAUGUUCUGCUACGAGUGAGAAAUUAGCAUACUGUGUUGGGUUGGGAACUAAUAUAAGAAGCAAUAAGAAGGAAUUGCAUAGUGCAGUAAAACAAGGAGAAAAAAAGAAGAAUAUUCCAGUUAUUGUGGGGCAACAGCAGAUGCCUCUAAACAAUACAUCUAAAUUUCAUGUCACUCCAGUUUAUUCUAAUAGAUGCUUGCUGUUGGGAUCCAAAGAUUGUGUUCAGGAAAAAAAGAGCCAAGUGGCUUGCAGGCCAUCUACAUGUACAUUCCCUCCAUGCUCUGUGGUGUCAUUUGUCAAACCUGCUGAACAAUUUCCAGAUGCAGAAGACUGUUCAGCAAUACCUAUUGGUAAUUUACUUGAAAAACAGAGCACGUAUAAAGCCGCAGGGUGUUCUUUGUUUGGUCAUGAAAUGCCUUUUUUGGAUAUAAAUAAUUCUUCGGUGGUCCCUAAGUGUGAAGAUGCACUUCAGCUGGAAGAUAAAUUGAAUGUCAGAGACAGAAAUCUUGUCAUACCAGAAACACCGCCAUCAACACCUUUAAUACCUUCGCAGGCGAGUUCUGAGUGGAACUUAAGGAAGUUAACAAAGAAACUUAAAGGUGAAUUAGCAAAGGAGUUUGCACCUGCUACACCCCCUUCUACUCCUUAUGUAUCAGAAACAGAUGGAAUAUAUACUCAUGGAUGUGAAAACUUAGAAAAGGAAGAGUUUAUGCUGAAAUUAAUGCGGUCUCUCUCAGAAGAAGUCGAAAACAAUGAAGUUGAAGAACAUUCUGAAACCUUGACAGAGCAAAUUAAGCCAUCAGGAGCAACAAUAGAUUAUGCUGAUCAUCUUGCUACUCAUAUAAUCUCUAUGGCAACAGAAAUGGCUGCUUCACAUUUAGAAGAUAAAGCUAUUCAGACAGAGAAUAAUAAAUACUUUCAAGUAAGUAUGGAAAACAAAAGAAGAGGGUACACCACAUUUGUUAAUGUUCCAGAAAAAAACAUACACUCAUUGUGGCUUUAUGCUGGUGAAAUGGCUGGAAAAGUCAUCAGAGAAGCUAAAAAAAGGGUAAAAUCAAGACAUUGUAAACUUCUGAGGCUUAGUCAAGUUAAUUAUGAGGGUGAUUGCUUUCAUCUUAAAAGAAAUUAUCAUGAAUAUUGGUCAAAAGACAAAAUACUGCCUUUGGCAGACCAGUGUUCUAGAGAACAAGACUGUUCUACUCUCCCUGUGCCCCUGAAUUCAGAAGCUUCAGGUCUUAACUCCAAAUAUCCAAGCUGUGAAAGUGUAACUGAUGAAUAUGCCGAUCACAUCAUUCGGAUUCUGAAGCAAGAAGGUGGUCACAGUGAGCUAAUAAUGGAUAAUUUUGCCAGUAGUCUUGCUUACAAAUCUAUAAAGUCUGGUAUCCAGCAAGCAGUCAGGAAACUCCAAGUGAAGUACAGUAGAAAGAGAGCUCCUGAGACAAGCUCCAAGUUAAACAAUAAGUUUGAACUGUUUGACUCAGCAAACCAGGACAUGGACCUAAAGAAACAGAAAAACAGUAUCAUUCAUCAUCUUGUAAAGCAGCCCUGUAGGAACAAAUGUCACUUACAUGGAACUGAGAAUACAAAAUUACUAGAUUUCUCAGAAUCUCUUGCUUGUAGCAUAACAUCUGAUGCCAGAAGGAAAUUCACGUCUGCAACGAGCUUACCAAAAUCUUUAACUGAUUCUUGUUUGUACAAACGAUCAAGGGUUGAUAAAGUCACAGAUUUUAAAACAACAUUGACCAAAAGACUUUCUUCUUCCUGUUGCAAGCAGAAGUUGUAUCACAGCACUGACAGUUUAACAGAUUGUACCUACCAAGAUAACAUUUUACAAGCCAUAGACCAAUACGCUAAGAAGAUAGUAGAUGAUACUUUAGAAGUGAGCUUAGAAUCAGCUACUUUGCAAGCUCCUGAAGGCUGGACAAAUGGAGAGAGAUUAACCUAUACAGAAAAACUGGCUCCAUUUUCUAUAGCUGCAUGCAAAUACUGCAGUAUGAAAGAACAUCAUCACUGUGUUGGAAGUUCAUCUCUGCAGCUGGCUGGACAAGAACUUCCUUCUAAAAUUCGACAGGCUUCAGAUGGGAGUGUAAAUAUCACUUUCCCUAAAUCUCAUGUGCUUCAUUUGGAUAUUCCCAAAAUUCAUGUUGAUAUGGACGAGAAGGUAAUAUUUGCUGAAAACGUUGCUCCUACCACUUUUGACCGAGCAAGGAGACAGCUCAGUAACACCAGUUUGACUGCUGAUAGUGGAAUUGGUCAAGAUGGAAUCAGUUUUGCUGAAAGUCUUACUACAGAAAUUAUGACCUCCUGCAUGACAAACAUUGCUCCGGCUAUCAACAUAAGUGCCAUGGAAAUAGAGGGGCUUAAUUCUGCCGAGUCCGCCGUCAGCCAGCAGAUGAGUCUCAGCACUGGAGAUGACAGCACUGGCAGCUGGUCCAACCUGAGUUUUGAUGAUGAACAUCCAGAUGAGAACAGCAGCUUUCUCCACCUCAGCGAUAGUAAUGGUAACAGCAGUAGCUGGAGCAGUCUUGGUUUAGAAGGAGAUUUGUAUGAGGAGAAUUUAUCCUUUCCAACAUCAGACAGCGAUGGCGUCGAAGAUAAAGAGGAAGAGCUUAAAGAUUCCAUUGAAGAGUUGAGAAGUCCCCCAAAAGCCUUGGUAAUCGUAAAUGUUGAUAUAGGACCAUGCAUGGUGGAUUCCCAGCUGAGAAUGACGCUGCAGUGGCUUAGUGCUUCAGAAGCAGAUGUAGCUGAGCUUCGUUUUCAUGAUGACACUCCAGUAGAGUUUGUUCUUCUUUCAAAGACAUUACAGGAGAAAGGGUGGAAAGUAGGAGACCUCUUCCAGGCAGUCCUGAAAUACUGUGAAGCCAUGGAGAAGUCUGCUGAUGGGGAGAGAACUCUAGAAAGCAAAACACUAUUUGGGUGGCUUCAGGAGCAUGUCUGAAUGGCCAGAAAAGUUUCUGCUCGCUUCAGCUCCUGAAUCCUUCUGGGAAAAAAAGAAGAAGAAAAUGUGUGUUAACUAGCAAAUGUAAUGUUAUUUGCAUUGUGAGAAGCAUUAGGCUGAAAGUAAAUAUAACUGUACUGUCAAGUGCUUUGUGAAAUGUUGUAUGCUUUUUAUCCAGUGUGUAUAAUUGGAAAGAGUAUCUCCACAUGGUCUGUGCUCAUGAACAUACAGCUCUGCUCUGUCCAGUCUUUUGCAGUGGUGAGAAGAAUUUGCUUUCUGUGAUGUAUGUUUAAUAAGGAUUCCAGCCAAACUAGGACAGGAGUUGCGUAUCAUCUCAGUCUAGUUCAUGUCUUUGUCCCUGUGUUUUGUCCUUGCAAUUUUUCCCUGCCUCUUUCCUUGGAACAAGCUCCAGGGGAAAACUUGGUGUUCCGUGAGUCCAGUGUUAGUUAGCUACUGUCUUUUUCUCUGAGGACACUGGGGCCCACAGAUGUAAUCACUCGUUUCUUUGCUGUUUCCAUGAGCUUCAACCAAGCCCUGCUGAUCAGGAUGAAGAGGACCAAAUUAGAUUGGAAUUCAGGUAGGGGUAGGGGUAGGGAUCAAAGUGUGGAUUUCAUUACUUGGACCAAUGAAAGAGAAUACUCUUUAUUCCCAAAUGAAGGGUGGUUGAAGACCGUAAUUCUCAAUAUUAAAUUCUCAUAUUGGUUGUAUCUGAAAACGUGUGCUGUAGAUUGAUGUUCUGCAUCACUAUAAUAUUUUAAUACUUUAGAUGCCAAAAUAUAUAGUCCCUCCAGAAUACAUUUUUCUUCCAUUCUGUAAAAUACUCUCUUCAUAAAACAAAUAGCCACAAAGGAAUAAAAUAGUUUAGACCAGUAGCUAAAAAGUUCAGUCUUUCAGUCAUUGUGGCUCUGGUUUAUAGGGUGAUGUCAGGAACAUAUUUAAUGUUGUGUCUUCAAAAUAUUGUCCCAAGACCAAUGUUGCAUCUUUAUAGAUCUCUCUUUUUUUUCUUUAUGCAACUGCAUUCUGUCAAAAUAGAUUGAAAACACAGCAGACAGGAAACAUUGGCGUAAGACAUAUCAGCAUUACAAAGUAAUUUUGGAGAUAGGAUUCCAGAUUGAUGGAAUUCCUCCACUUUGUAAUGUGGAUCAAGCUGAAAUAGUGUCUACCGGUGUGAGUAGAAAAGAGGAAGAUAUGUUUCCCUGAGACCAUAUCAGUGCAUCAUUCUUUGAGGGAAAAGCACUCAAUAUUUGAACCUUUGAAGCUGGAGAACAGUGCUGUAGGUUGAUUGUUGCACUCUAGAAAACAGGAACUUUUUUCUGUUUGCUUCUAGUAGGGAUAAAACUCUGCAUGCUGCACAGGAAGCAGAAGCCAGCAUGUUAAAAAAACUCUCGCAAAUGAAGAGGGAGGGAAUGGCAGGUGGGAGGUGGGCUAAGUCUGUGAAGAUGAAGGAGCUUUUCCAGGAUUCUUCAUUGAGAUUGGUGUUGCAAAGGAAGAAUUGGUAGAGGUUCCAGAGGCAGAAAAAGGUUGAAUGACGUGCCCUAUUCCAGUCUUAACAGCAGGCUCAAAAGUUAAUGGUUGAAGCUGUGAAACCACUGUGUGCUGUAGUUAACAUGCCUUGAAUUGCUUGGUUCUGCUUUUCUUACUUGGUUAGUACAGAAUGUGGAAUUUACCUGUCCAUCCAGGAAUAUCAAAAUACGUGUCUGAAUGUUGGUCAUACGUUGUUUGCUAUACGUGUUUCAGGUUUCCUCUGUAUAGCAGAGCUUUCUGUUUAGGGACUGUAUAAUAUUCUGAAUUGCUCUUGGGCGAGUUUGUGCGUGUGCAUGUGUGCGUGCGUGUGUGUGUAGUGAAUGAAAGUUGACAUGAAGAUCUUUCUCUGUAAUGAUGAGAGUUGGUUGUUAGAAAAUGGAUGGAGUUAGAUAUGAGAUGUGAAUUUCAAGUUGCACUAAACUUGUUGUUUUAACAGUACCUUAAAAUAAAUUGUAUAUAAGCAGA